AAGGGUGAAAGGAGGGAAAUUUGGGGUGGCAGCUGGUGAUUUGCAGUGGUGAGGAUGUGCUGAAGGCUGAAGGCCCGUCUUGGCAGAAGGACUGCAAUGUUGAGCGGGUUUUCCUCUCUUCCAGGUGGGAUGGACUCCGGAGACUCUGGGCUCUGCCUGAUGGAAGAUGUCACCAGCACUGGGCCGCACAUUAACAUCGGCGCCCAGUAUCAGGCAGAGAUCCCAGAGUUUCGGGAUCCCUCCCGCUUGCCAAUGGAGGAGGAAGAGGACAAAGCCUGGCUCGUCUGGGACCCGUCAACACCGGAUCGAGGUUUCUUUAACGCUUUUCUUCCAAAGAACCCCCGAGAUGUUCCUCCCGUCACCCCCUUGUUUGCACAGAACCUUGACUUUCUCUUCCCGCUCUGCUUGCAGUGA